AUGGUUUUUUCAGAUAUUGCUCAUAAGGCCUUGAACGGAUUCUCUUCAUCUACAUCCAACGCACCGACAAUAACCGCAGAAAAUGACAUGACCAUUUUAGCACCAGAUGGAUUGACAUUGGAGAUGGUGCUGCUGAAUCAGACACCUCCACCCUUCAGUCUGAAGGAUUUCUCCGAGUAUUUGAAGCUGACAUACUGCAACGAGAAUCUGCUCUUUUAUGAAGCGGUGAUAGAGUACAAGGAUCGAUGCUCAGCCUACUUUGAUGUACAACUGGAUGAAAAUGCAUUGCACUCCUGCAAGCCAGUGCCUGUUAUCUUAUCAGAUAAUCGAGUGUUUGACUUUUCCACUUUCACCAAGCAUAUAUUGACGUCUCGAGAACAGCUCUGGUUUGACACCUUGAUCUACAAAUUUGAAGUCAUAUUGAAGGAUUUCAUCCUGUCUGAUGCACCGCAAGAAAUCAAUAUACCAUAUGAAGUUCGCCAUCAGCUAUUGCAGUCAUACCAAACACAACAAUUGUAUCACCCUGCCUUGUUAUUUCCCGCCUGUAGCGCUGUUAUUGAACUACUGAGGAUCAGUGCAUUUAUACCAUUUGCAACUGAUCCAAAUAGACUUUAUUGCCCCAUGAAAAAGAAGAGUUUCAUCAAAAGACAAAAGAGCAGCCCAGUCAUAUCCACAAACAUCGAUUCCUAUUCUGCACCAAUUCCUGCAUUGCCGCCCAUGCCGCUAACGCCUCCUCCUCCUACACCUCUGCCAACAGACAUUACCUCAUCCACCUCUGUUGGCUUUCUCAAGCGCAUCACUGCUACAUUCAAGAUUCGCUAUGCUUCAUCCUCCUCCUCCUCCUCCUCACAAAAUGAAGCAGCAGCAGCAGCAGCAGCCGCAGCAGCAGAGGCAGACAACCAAAUGGCCCUACCUCCUCAAUCACCAAAGCAACCAUCCAAUUGGCGCCAAGUGAAUACACCACCAUUUGCAUUUAAUACAACAGUGCCAGCAUUACCAUCAUCUCCUCCCAUAGCUGUACCCAUGGCAGUGACACCGCCAUCCAUCAUCAAAAGCUCCACAAGCACAAGCAGCAUCAAUAGCAGUAGUACUACUGGUAGCAGCGUUGAUAGCCUGCAACAUGGCACCUUUUUAAAGCAUUUGAAUUCGACACAUGGUGGCUACAGUAUCAGAAAAUCAUUAAGCAGCGGCACAGCUGCUAUUGCAAGCCAUCAUGGCCAUUAG